AUGGAAAAUGGGCAACAUCAUACAGAAUUUGAUCAUGAAGCUAUAUUAGGAAGCGCUAAAAAAGCUGAUUUGACCACCUUACUCCAGAAGAAUCUAAGAAACGAGGAAGAAGGAGCUGACAGUUUUCUAGAUUCCGAUUUGAAUGGUGAUAAUCUAGUGACCUGGGAGGAAUAUGUUAGUGGGACAUAUACUACAGUUAUUGAACAAUUACCAUCAAACGAUUCAGUAAUGGAUGAACUUAAACUGAUGGCUUAUGAUGAAGAUAUAUAUGAUGCCGCUGAUGCCAAUAAGGAUGGAAAUCUUGAUUUAAAUGAGUUCAUGGUCUUUAACAAACCCGAAGAAUAUGCACAAAUGUCGCUGAUUAUUUUGAAACAGACUUUAAACAAUAAAGAUUUAAAUGCGGACAAUGUUAUAGAUUUUGAUGAAUUUAUUGGCCAGAAAGCUAAUCGUCAUGAUAAAGAAUGGAUCACAAUAACAAAGAAAAUAUUCAACAAAGAAUAUGACAAAAAUGGUGAUGGAGUAUUAGCUGAUAAUGAGAUAUUAUCUUGGAUCAUUCCAAAUAUUGAUGCAAUUGCCUUAGAAGAAGUGAAUCAUUUAUUUGCUAGUACCGGUGAUAACCUUGCCGAUGCAUUAUCAUUUGAAGAUAUUAUUAAAAAUCAUGAACAAUUUGUUGGAAGCAAACACACAGAUUUUGGUAAAAAUUCACAAAAUACCCAUGUACCCGAAGAAUUAUAA